AUGGAAGGGUGGCCGAGUUGGUUAUGGCGCCAGGUUAAGGUCAGCUUAACAUCUGUUUCCUGGUGGGGCAACCCGCGCGAGUUCGAGUCUCGUCCCUUUCAAAUACCUUUUGCGCUACGGCCUGAAGAGGUUGCAGGUCACCUUUUUGGUCUUGUAAUCUUGGGACCAACGCGGGGAGCUGCAUCGGCUAGGAUUGUGGGUGGCUGGGCAAACAGGAAACAUAACGAAGAGGGUGUCCCGGACGACCUUAGUGUGACUGAGCACUGUAAACAAGACGUUCUCUCAUCAUUACAACUCCCCCAACGUCAGAUGGAAGAAGGAGAGGCCCCCCGAACCCCGGAUUUGAUUGACUGGACUCGACCACUGUCACCAUGGGGUGAUGGAAAUUCGAUGACGCGUGCCGCCAACGCCAACGACGAGCCCGAUUUAGAGGCAGAGCAGCAUGUCUCUGUCAGCGCCACCGCCAGCGUGAGCGUGAGCACUGAGGUGCCGCCCUCCGUGUAUUUUACGAUACACCGAAUCAGGCGACUUGUACUUGCAAGCAUUGAUGACCCCUACACCCUAGAUCAGCUCCGUGAGCCUAGGAUGAACUCAUUGGUUGUCCGACCUCUGGUAGAUCGCCUAUACGAUCCCGACGAUCCAACUGUCGUGUACUGCCUCCUCGCCAAUCGGAUUCAGUUUCUCAGACAACACAUUAGCACCGCUCAUCAUACUGUUAAUGUUGCGCGUGCGACUCUCUGCGAACUCGUCGCAAGUCGAGUACUACGUCGAUAUCACGAAGACCACCCAGGCCAGAUAGGCUUACUCAUCCUGGCACAUAUCCUCGUCGAAGGGUUCGACCCAUUCCAAGGUGCUCCCGAGGAAGUUGAGAGCGAAUGCAGGCAAGCCCAGUGGCCUAUUCAGCGCCGAGACGGCCAUGAGAGAAAGCUCACGACUUUGGAACUGGCCAUCAUUUCCGAAAGCAAACUCUUCCUGAGUUCUUCAGCCUGCCAAAGGCUCGUCGACGCGGUUUGGCAAGGGGUCGUCACUUAUACCCCCCUGUCGUUUGUCGACAUCCUCCCGGAUCAUUACGAGUAUGCCUCGGUUUCGCUAUACGAGCCACAUAGGGCACCGUUACUAGACGAUAGACGUCUCAUCGUACCGUGGAUCAGACAGGUGACUGAGCUAUUCCAGUUCGUCACUCUCGUCGGCCUGUAUCUCUUGACAAUGGUAUACCGGAGUAGCCCUACGAUCAGUGGAUGGGAAUGUCUGUUUGCCGUCUACACGGCCGGGUGGACUCUUAACGAGUUCGCGGCAAUCAUUGAGCAUGGCUGGGCAGUCCACUCACAGACUCUGUGGUCUUUUCUUGAUAUCACGUUCAGCUUCAUAUUCAGCUGCUACAUCUUCGCUCGGUUGUAUGACGUCUUGGCGUAUGGUGGCGUCAUCGCUGACGGCUACGGGGUGCAUAUUCUCUGCUUGGCAGCUCCUGUACUACUUACCCGCGUGGCCUUUACGAUCAUGCCGGACAAUAUUGUUUUCAUCGCCAUGCACGCCAUGAUGAAGGAUUUCACCCGCCUAACCUUCAUCUCAAUAUGGUGCUUCAUGGGUUUCUUCCUGUCCCUGCAAUGGCUGAUCGGUAGCAACGAAACGGCGACCAGCGGAAGCGGUCAACCUGCCUUAAACUGGUACGAUACCUGCAAGUGGCUCAUCUGGACGUGGUUUGGCUUGGAUGGCACUGGAAUUGACCGCUCUGAUGAGUUCCACCCCAUUCUGGGGCCAGCUCUGAUGAUUGCAUUUGCAUUUCUUGGCAAUAUCCUCUUCCUCACGAUCCUGGUCGCGCUGUUGAGUAAUACCUUCUCAAAGCUCAUCGCUGACGCGCCUGCGGAGAUCCAAUUUCGACGAGCUGUACUCACCUUCGCCGGUGUGAAAAGCGACUCAAUCUUUGCUUACCCCCCACCGUUCAACUUGAUGGCCAUCGCGAUUCUCCUCCCGCUUAAGUCUGUUCUCAGCCCGCGGUCGUUCCAUGAUCUCAACAUCUCUGUCAUCCGAAUAUUGAACGCGCCAGCGCUCCUCAUCAUUAGCGCUCUGGAACGCCGCCGCCUCGCUCACCCCCGUCGCGCACGGUCGCAGUCUUUGCUGAACUGGGGCUUCAGUGGAUUCAACCCGCACGGAGACAUUCAGGCCGUUUUCAAGGUGGAGCCGCCGCCCGGGGUGGAGCGAGAGCUGGAGGAAUUGGAUAACCUGAGCGAUGUCGGCUUCGCGGAGAGUGAGCUCGGGUCACGAGUAUCGUGGGAUGUGAAUAGGUCAAGAUCGCGGCGGAGAAUGGCGAGGAGAAGGCGGCCUGGGAGAAUGGUGUCUCCCAUUAGUGUAGUGUUCCCGUUGCCGAGUGUCCAACGGGCUGGGACAAACGAGUUUGAGCCGUUGUCCGGAUCGCCUGCCAGGCCGUAG